GUUUAGAUGAUGCCGUAUUUGGCCAGAUCGCUGAGCUCCAUGUCGCCGAAGGCUUCCCAUGGGCACACCACUGUGAUGUCUGUGCCGAGACCCUCCAUGCCUGGGAUGUCGUCGCCAAAGCUGGAGGAGAGAAAACAGCGAGGGAGAUGAAACCAAGGUGACAGCAUCACAUCAAACUACAAACGUGCUAUAGCCUACUGUGUCGACACUGGACCUGAGAGAUGACAAAAAGCGGGCCCAGCAAAACGCCCUAGGUCUCCAGCAGCAUGGUGUGUGUGGCGCAGAGCUCUCUACUUCCCGCCGGAGCUCCGACUGCAGGUCUGGAUCUGGGUCUGUCCACGGCGGGCUGUUCGCUGCCGGAGGCCCCACUGGAGUCUGAGCUGAAGGAGUUUCUGGUGAACCUCACGACAGACACAUAAACAAGCCCCAGGAUGAGGAACCUUCUUCAGUUUCUGGCACUCUUCGCCGCGGUCUCUUUCUGCGUCUGCUAUGACUCUAGUGAAAGCUCAGAAUCCGCUGAAGAUCUGUUUGUGCCUCCGAACCGAGCCAACUCGUUCAUCACGCCGCAGAGGGGUAAUGUACAGAACCCACCCAGAGGGAACGGCCACAACCAUUACAACUUGAUGAGGACGAUAAAGUCUCCGCAGGAGAGGCGUGCAGAGACCUGCGAGGACUACUCUCCCUGCCGCUUCUACGCCUACAGCCACGGCUUCCAGCGGGCCUACCAGAGAUACUUUGGCCCCCAAACUCAACCCCAGAGACCAGCCGCGACCCGUCGAUACUGAACAGAAAGCAUCUGUCUGUCAAACGCAGAAUCAUCAUUAACGUCUGCGCGUUCCUUCAUUCCACAUAUGACGACUUUUUGUAUAAUUUAUGUGGCUGUUUUUGUGGCCUCUUCUGGACGACUCCUAGAAGAAAACACAUUUUUAUAAACACAGUGUGGCUUGCAACCCAUCAUUACACCCGUGUAGAGAAUUCACGGCCCAUCUCUUGUGUAAUCUCAAGAUAACUUUAUAUCCACUAUUAUCACACCUUCACAGCAUUUAUGAGCUUUAUGUGAUCUGUGCACGAGUGAAGUGCUUUUUUUUCGCUCACUAUCCACUAACCGUUUCUCACAUUAUCCACUUUUUUUUUAUCCAGGCCGGCACUGCUGUCAGUGAUUAUUUACACUGCUUUGAAAUGAUUCAAUAAAAUCCCCUUUAUUGGGUUUUCUCUUAA